CUAAAAAGCUUAAGAAGGAAAUUAUAUAGAGUUUAUUAUUUUAUAACCUGUAGAAAUAACAUUUGCAAGAAUAAUUAGCUAAUAUGAAGAAAACAUAGAAUAAGGAGGUUAUUAACAAAAAUCUUAUUAAAAUAUGUCUAAUGCUAAUAUAACUAUUAUUUAAUAUAAUUAUGAAGAUUAAUUAAUUUAAGAAGAAAUGUUAUAAGAUAUCAUAAACAAUGGUGUAUAUGAAACUAAUUUAACCCCAGGCAAAUAUAAAAUUAUCGUUUAAAAAUUCGGAUUUACUGAAGUGGAUAUGGAUUACGUAUUCAAAUUUGGAAAUUAAGAAUUAAAGCUUCCUCUUGCUUAAAAACUUUAAGUUUCUGAAGAAGAAAAGCUUAAAAAUACAUACAAAAAUAAUUCAAUUAAUUAAGAAAGUGUAUAAAAAAAUAGAGUUAGACCAACUUCAGGGAGACCUUAAAGUUCAAAUAGUUAAUAAGGCGGAUAAAAAAAUACUAACGAGUAAAAAAAUAUGCCUGUAAGACCUUCUUCAGCUAAUAAAAUUUUGAAUAUUUAAGUUUAUGAAGCUGGAAAUUUCUAAUAAGUAAUCUAAAACUGUUCUAUUAAAGUAUUUUUUUAUUUUAAUAUUUUAAAACAAAUAAAAUUCAAUUAAAGAUUAUUGAUAAAAGAAGAUAAAUAGUAGAAAAAAUCACUGAUGAAUACGGAUUCUGCAGUGUAAUUUUAGAUGGAUUUUUCGAAGGAAUUCUAGAAAUAAAACAUGAAAGUAAAAAAUAUGUAAUAUAUAUUUAUUAAUUAAAAAAAAGAUUAUAUGAAAAUUGUCGAAGAAUAUGGACACAAUAAAAUGGAUUUAAAUAAAAUGACUGAACUAUCUUUUCCAUUAAUAAGAAAGCCAGAAACUGAUAAUGAAGUAAAUAUAUUAGUACUUACUGAUACUGAUAAAUAAAUAUUAAAUAUGAAUGUUAUAAAUCCUAAAAACGAAAUAAUCUAAAAUACAAAAGGCGAAGUUUUAAUUGAACCAAAUGCAGAACAAUGUAGUAUUUUGAUUAAGAUUAAUAAAAUAAAAUAAUAAAAUGGAAUUUAUAGAAUUUUUGCAAAUGUAAAUGAUAUAGAUUAUUUAAGUCCUUCUUCUGUAAAGCUUUAUAUUAUUACUCAAAAGAAUAUGCAUUUUGUUGAAGUUCCUAAAACUCAUCCAUUAGGACUUUCGAAAAAUAUUUAUUGGGAUAUAGGAGUAGUAUGUGCACCAACUGGAGAUUUUAUAGAAAUAAAUGCUUGCACUUCUUAGGAAAUUAAAAAAGAUAUGUAUUUAUAUUAAUAUAAAAAACUUAUUGAUUUCCUUUAUAAUUCAAAACAAAUUGAUACUAAGUCAAUUUUAGGAUUUAAUAAGUCUGAUAAAGAUAACGAUGUACUUUAAAUAUAAGGCGAUACUUUUGUAAAAAAAGAAAAAAUAGAGUAAAGCUUAGAAAAAUAUAUUGAUAAAAAUGCUAAAGGAAUUGAACAUUUAAUUAAUUCAGCUUUAAAUACUAACGGAUUAUAUAGUUAUAAUAAGCUUAAAGCUAAACUUGAUAGUAUUAAAUAUCCAGUUAACUUUGGAAACUUAGAUUAAUUACAUGAAGAAGAAGACGAAGAGGAUGAAAUGUUAUGA